AUGGGAGCAGCUGCCCCCACUUCCUCUUCGGACAUUCUCAGGAGUCUCUGUUUCUAUGUCCUUAGUGAAGUCAAUUAUCACAGUUCUAGCCGUUAUGCAUCUCCACCGAACAGUCCCAAACCAGUCGAAAUCAGUCCUCUCCAGCAGCCUCUGAUGACGAAGUCGGCUGUCCUCCAGAACACCAGCAACACGCACAGUUGCCUCCAAGACACCGCGCCACAGCUGUUACCCUCUCUGGAGCUGGACCUCCUCUGGCCACUACUGUUGUCUCUGUACACUAUGCUCGUGCACGCUCUCAGAUCCAGCAGGACAAAUGAUGAUGAGCUGAGGAUUGUGAUGGUGGGGAAGACUGGAACUGUAAAGAGUGCUACUGGAAAGACUAUUCUGGGUCGUCAGUGCUUUGAAUCCAAGUUCAGUGCCAAGUUUAUGACUGUAGACUGUUCUAAAGGCACAGGUAGAGUGGAUGGACAGCGUGUAGCCGUCAAUGACACCCCGGGCCUGUGUGAUACCAGGUUUGAGAUGGAGAAAACAACAAAAGAUAUCUCCCAGUGCAUCUCCUAUGCUUCUCCAGGACCACAUAUCUUCUUGGUGGUCAUCAGACUGGGCAGAUUCACUGCAGAGGAGAAGCAGAUGGUGCAAUGGAUUCAAAAAGUCUUUGGUGAUGCUGCAGACAGAUACAGCAUGGUUCUCUUUACCCACGGGGAUCUCCUUGAAGAAACUCCUAUUGAAGAAUACUUAGAAGAAAGCCCAGAGCUGCAGGACGUUGUGGCCAGAUGUAAUGGUCACUACCACGUCUUCAAUAAUAAGCUGAAGGAGCGCUCUCAGGUCACUGAGCUGCUCCAGAAGAUCAGAGAGAUAGUCCAGAACAAUAGAGGAAGCCACUACACCAACGAGAUGUUCCAAGAGGCUGAGAGGGCGAUUGAAGAGGCGAAAGAACGCAUCCUGAGAGAGAAAGAAGAAGAAAUACAGAAAGAAAAGGAGAAAAUUGAGAGGGAAAUACAGGAAAGAUAUCAGAAAAUUAUGCAGAAAUACAUAGAACAACUCCAGGCUGAGAGAGAGAGGGAGAGGAAGGAGAGAGAGGAGGAGAUACAAAAGAUAAAGGAAAAGUAUGAAAGAGAGAUGGAAAAGGAGAUAGCAAAGUUAAAGAAAAUGCAUGACAGAAAACUGGAAGAGAAAAGACGCAAGAUUCGGAAAUGA